AUGAGAUCAUCCAAAGGAUCCCUGAUCCUUCAGAUCCUGGAAUUCAUGGCUCUCAUCAUGCUGUCCAUUUACCACUGGGACAUGUUACAAGGAAAGAGAGGGUUAGCUGUUCUGCAACAGCAGCAGGAACAGAGAAAGCAGUUGCUAAGUGAGAUGUGUGGUGACAGAGUGACAUCUUCUGACAAGAAACGAAUUUUAGCAAACAUGACUAAAAAACAGCUAAAGAACCUGAUAGUGGAUGACAAACAUGGGAUCAUCUACUGUUACAUUCCCAAGGUGGCAUGUACCAACUGGAAGAGGGUUAUGUUUGUCCUGAACCAGACUGAGCCAUAUCAAGACCCCAUGAACGUAUCUGGUGACUUAGUCCAUGUCCCAAACACAUUCCAAUUCCUCAACAGCUUCCCUUUACCAGAAAUGAAGGCAAGGCUGAAGCACUACACCAAGUUCUUGUUUGUUCGGGACCCGUUUGUUCGUCUCAUUUCUGCCUACCGGGACAAGUUCCAGCGGAAAAAUAAGUACUACUACCUUAACUUUGCCCGUGACAUACUGCGUAAGUAUAGCAACCAGCCCAAUCCACCAAAGUCAGUGGACGAGGCCUUUGCGUCAGACCUUCGUCCGUCCUUCUACAACUUCAUUCAGUACCUGCUGGACCCACAGACGGAGGAGAAAGAACCCUUUGAACCACACUGGAGGCAGAUGCAUCAGCUGUGCCACCCCUGCCUGAUAGAGUAUAAUUUUGUGGGUCAUCAAGAAAGUCUUCAAGAGGACGCUGAACAUCUGCUCAGGAUCUUGAAGCUGCAGGAUGACAUCAAGUUCCCUCCGUCCUACGACAACAUGACAAGUGCCACUUGGGUGUUGGACUGGUUCAGAGCAGUGCCUCUUGAGGCCAGGAGGAAACUCUACAAGCUGUAUGAGAUGGACUUCAAGCUCUUUGGCUAUAGCAAACCAAGCACACUGCUGAAUGACUGA